AUGGGUGAAGAACCCAAUCAAACUCUAAUUGAUGAGGUGCAAGAUGAGCUUGCAAAUGAAAGAGAUGUUCAAGAGGGUCAUCAAGAUCAUAGACAAGAAAACGAUGAUAUGAUUAGCGGAGAGCCAAUUAGAGAUAAUGUUGCUGACAUGGAAGCAAGUUUAAAGAGGUCGAGGAAACUCAAAAGUCUAGAAACAUGCAAUUGGACAACUGCUAUAUAUGAAGUUUUGCUUGAUGCAUAUUUGCAUCAAUAA